UCGGUUCUUCUGAACCACCUUCUUAAGUGGCGAGUGGGCUUCGAAUCACGCAGAGGUUUAUUGCAUGGGAGUCAUCAGAUCGAUCCAUGAGGUGCUGAGCGCCAGAAGCUAGAAAUGGAGCGUGGGGACGUCAUGUGUUAAAACCAUGCAAUUUGCUUCAUCCUUUGAGUCUUCAGUGUUGAUCUUACCGGUUCUCAAGCCAAAACCUUAACUGCUGAGCUUGUACGCAGGUGGUGGGCGAUCUCGUAACAAGCCACUGCAGCAUUGAGCUUCGAUUCGAUGCCGAGGUCGAGAGCGUCGGAAUUGCCGCAGAGGCAGCCGCAGCGAGCGGCGCCUCUUCACCUGAAGACCAACUCUGAGGCCAACAGCCACCAACGCUCAGUCGACCGCCGUGCGAAGCCGGAAGAUCGCCGAUCCCCUCGUAGUCCCUUGCACGAGAAGAAGCGCGGCACUGGAGUCUCCGACGUGGAGACCAAGCUUGGCGAAGCGCAGGAGGAGCUCAAGAUGCUAAGGGACCGGCUGGCUUUGGCCGAAGCCGCGAAGCUCGAUGCUCAACGAGCUCUCGAGAUGGCCAAGAAGCAGAUACCCUCUGCUAUCCCAGUAGUGAAAGCAGAAGAAGAGGAGAAUCUUCUGCUUCAGCACGACUCCGAAGGGACGUCAGAAGUCACGCAGGAGGCGAAGAUUGAAGAGGAGAGCGUCGAUUCCGCGCGCACUACUGAUGUCUUCGAAGUCGUAGCACCGACCGAGCCCACAAACGUAGAGAACGACGAUCACAGCAAGCCCGGAGAAGAAGCGACAGUAACCGAGAAAGAGGAGGAGGAGGAAGCUAAAACAGCAGUCGAGAACGAGAAAUACGGGAAAGAUCAAAUGGUAGACAAGAAAGAGGAACAACAGCGCGGCGGGGUAGAGCUUCCGAAUUUGCUCGACUUGGUUGAACUCGAGGACACGACAGAGGUGGGAAUUGUGCUGGAGGAGAACGUGUUCGCUAAGACGACAGCGGAGUCGCAGACCGUGAGAACUGCCGACGCAGCACGAGCCAAGGAAGAGGAGCUCGCAGAGAAGCUGAGAUCAACGGAGGAGGAGCUGAAACAGAGCAGGGAGAAAGCGGAGCUGCUGACGGAGCAGCUGCAAGCGGCAGUAGGGGCGAAGUCGAUGCUCGAGGAGGAAAUGAAGCGGCUGAGGGUGCAGACAGAGCAGUGGCGAAAGGCCGCCGAAACAGCUGCCGCGGCGCUGGCAGCCGGCGACGAUGUCGGGCACGAGGAAUGGGGUCCGGCGCUGAUGGACGGGGAUGCGAUGGGGGAGGAAGGGGCCGUGGGGAAGCGGAAGGGGGCGGGUGUUCGGGUCUUUGGUGACCUCUGGAAGAAGAAAGGUCAGCGCAAGUAGAGAUCGGAUCAGCCUUUUGGAUUGCCUUUUGAUGCCGCGCCGUGUCUGUUUGCUUUGGUUUGGUUUGGUGGAUGGUUGUAUCUGCGUCUCUUCCCACGCCGCUGUUAAACCACAGACAGUGUUGCAGAUUUGACGACAAUGGAUCAGAUAAUAUAUAAGAUUAUAUAAGAGAAUCAAAUGUUUUCCCAGAAGAACAUAAUUUGAAGUUGGAAAUAUAUCAUUUCAUGUGAUGGGUAAUUA